AUGGCCAUGCUGGCUUCCAAACCUUCAUUUCCCACCGCCAUGGGAGGGGCCACAUAUCAAAACACCUCGCCCGCCUACCGCAACAACAACAACAACGCAGUCUAUGGCAGUCCCACCGAAUCCGAGUUUUCCGACUCUUCCAGAAUGUCUGACACCGUAAAAAACUGGGACGAACAACGCGUUGGCGAAUGGCUGAUCAGCAUCAACUGCGGCCAAUAUGUCGACAUGUUCAAGAGUAGGCUCCUUCUCGUCCCUGCCCAUAACCUCAUGGACAUGGACCCUGCCACACUCAAAGAGAUGGGAGUCACCAAGAUCGGCGACCGCGUCCGCAUUGGCUCUCAGGCAAAGCUGUUCAGGACGACCGUCUACAGGAAGACGAGCAAGCGGAACAUGAACAGGCUCUCCCUGGCCACACUCGACGGCAAUGCCCAAGCAAAUGCUCUUCCGGCCUCGUCACCGCGCGAGCGUGCCGUCCUUUCCACCACACGGAUCCAAGCUCCUCCCACGUCUCUUCGCGACAAACGCCUAUCCCGUCGUAUCGAUGGUCAAGACCUUGCAAAAGCAAGCUCCCGUCCCUCCUCGCCAUUAAUAGACCAAGAGAACCGUUCUCGCAUCCCUAUGCAAAAGAGCAACAGCACGCCAUAUCUUCCCAAGCCAUCCCAACGUCUCACCCCUGGCGAAACACCUCCACGCUUCGGCGGCCCGGUCGCCGGUCACAUACGCUCAAGCCCCAGCGUCGACAACCUCGUCACUCACAGCAGCGCUCUACCUGCCGACAAGGCUCUGAUCAGAGUCAUCUUUGACAGCGGUCGCUCCUCCAUGAUCAACAUCGAAGGUUGUGAGACUGCCGACGACAUUGUUCUUAAGACUCUUAAGAAGGGUGCUCUCAACGAGAACCACGUCAAGAACUUUUGCUUCUACCUUCUUGAUGGUUUGAACCCGGAUCCGAAAUACUGUCGUCGUUUGGGCGACACGGAGUUGCUUCGCAUCUGCAACGAUCGUGUGCGUGGUGAAAGAGGUCGACUCAUGCUACGCAAGAUUCAUGCUGGAGAGCCCGAGGGAGAGCAGCUACGCAUCGCCGCCAAGAUUGCUGAAAAAGAAGCUCCAUCACCCCCUGCGAUCGAGGUACAGCAACCCAUCAACAAGUCCAAGAGCCACCUCAAGAUUGAGCAACUCAUUGGCGAGCCUCUGGCUGCAGUUAGCUACCCGAUGUCUCCUGCCUCGUUGCUCGAGCGUGAGAGAAACUCAUACUUCGCUGCCCAGCCCGCCAUCAACACCGCCGGCGCCAGAGCACGCAAACUCAAAGAGUUCUAUGGCGCUCGUCCACCCACCGAGCUCAUUACCCAGGAUCUCACUUCGUACUUCCCAGACAUUAAAAAGGAAGAGAUGGACAAGACAGUACGCAUGUCAAUCCGCCGCUCACGCAGACUCAGCAGAGCCGCCAACCGUCUGAGUACCAUGAGUAGCUUCAGCGUUGCCUCGAGCCUCAAAGACGCCCCUCCACUUCCCACCAUCGCCGACAGCUGGUUGAACUCGGCCAAUCACCCAAAGCCUCUCCGUCCUCUCUCUGUCGUUCGUCUGGGUCGUCCUGUCUCCAACUACCGCGACUCCAUCACAUCAUCUGUACUUGAACCUCUAGACGAGGAGUCACCACUGGAGCCCAACCGCAAAUCAUAUGUCUCUUUCGGCGCUGAUAGCGGAUCCGAUUCUGUCGCUGUGACCGACCCUGAGGGAAACACUAUCAUGCAGAGCUACUUCGAUGAUACUGGUAGCACCAGUCCCGCGAAUACCGAGAACGGCGGAUCUCUCAACUCUCGUCUUAGUCAGGUCAUCGCCGAGGAUGGCGAAGAAUCCGACGAUGAGCUGAUGGAACAUUUGGAGAACGACAGUUGGGAGAACCUCAAGUACAUGAAGGGUGCCAUGAUCGGACAAGGCUCUUUCGGCACUGUCUACCUUGCACUCCACGCAAUCACUGGUGAGCUUAUGGCUUGCAAGCAAGUCGAGAUGCCCUCCUCCUCUGGCACACACCUCGAUGCCAAGAAAAAUAACAUGGUAGAGGCUCUCAAGCGAGAGAUAGGACUUUUGCGCGAGCUUAAGCAUCCUAACAUUGUGCAAUAUCUUGGCUCCAACUCUGAUGACUCACACCUCAACAUUUUCCUCGAAUACGUUGCUGGUGGCUCGGUGGCUACAAUGCUCGUCAACUACGGCUCUCUUGGCGAACCCCUGAUCGCCAACUUUGUCAGGCAAAUCCUUUCUGGAUUGGCAUACCUUCACUCCAAGGACAUCAUUCAUCGCGACAUUAAGGGUGCCAACAUCCUCGUCGAUAACCAUGGUAGUGUCAAGAUCAGUGAUUUCGGUAUCAGUAAGCGUGUCGAAGCAUCAAGUCUCCUCGUUCCACCUACUGGUAAACGCACCGGCCCCCGCGUCUCUCUUCAAGGCUCCGUCUUUUGGAUGGCACCCGAGGUCGUCAAGCAGACCGCCUACACUCGCAAAGCAGAUAUCUGGUCUCUCGGUUGUCUUAUCGUCGAGAUGUUCACUGGUGUCCAUCCUCACCCCAACUGCACUCAAUUACAAGCCAUUUUCAAGAUUGGCAGCAGUGCGGCACAGGCUCGUCCUGAUAUGCCCGAUCAGGCCAGUGAGAGCGCCAAGUUCUUCCUCGAGCGCACAUUUGAGAUUGAACAUGAGAAGAGACCUUCGGCUGAUGAGUUGUUGGGUUAUGCUUUCUGUGCACCCAAGGAGCCAGGUUCUGCUUAA